AUGGCUAAAAUUGUGUGUGCAUUUCUUCUCCUUCUUGCCAUGCCUUUUGUUAUCCAAGUUGCCUAUGCUGGUGGAGAAGGAUCACUUCGUCCCCAAGAUUGUUCCAAUGCCUGCGAUGUUCGUUGUUCAGCGACUCAAUACAAGAAGGCGUGUCUGACCUAUUGUAACUAUUGUUGUGCGAAAUGUUUGUGUGUGCCAUCAGGAACCUAUGGUCACAAGGAAGAAUGUCCAUGCUAUAACAACAUGAAAACCAAGGAAGGAGGCCCCAAGUGCCCCUAA